GGAAUUUCAACAAUGGGGUCAUGCAUCCUUUGAGUGCAGGUCAGGUAUAAAACCACCGCCGGUACAUCGAGAAAACUGUGCAGUCCUUCUGAACCAAAACAACUGUAGCCAUGACUAUGGGCAAGAUCAUCUUCUACGAGGACAGGAACUUCCAGGGACGUUCCUAUGAGACCAGCAGCGACUGCGCUGACAUGUCCUCCUACCUGAGCAGGUGUCACUCCUGCAGGGUGGAGAGCGGCUGCUUCAUGGUCUACGACCGCACUAACUACAUGGGAAACCAGUUCUUCGUCAGGAGGGGAGAGUACUCCGACUACCAGCGUAUGGGCAUGAGCGACUGCAUAAGGUCCUGCCGUAUGAUCCCCAUGCACAGAGGCCAGUUCAGGAUGAGGAUCUACGAGAGGGAGAACUUCGGCGGUCAGAACGUUGAGCUGAUGGACGACUGCGACAACAUGAUGGACCGUUACCGCAUGUCCGACUGCAUGUCCUGCAACGUGAUGGACGGCCACUGGCUGAUGUACGAGCAGCCCCACUUCAGAGGCAGGAUGAUGUACCUGAGGCCUGGAGAGUACAGGAGCUUCAGGGAGAUGGGAAUGAGCGGCAUGAGGUUCAUGAGCAUGAGGCGCAUCAUGGACUCCUGUUAUUAAAGCGGUGGUGUAUAAAAGCAAGAUUCUAAAUAAAAUCUAGUGAUUCUCUUUUAAA